CAGUGGGUGACUAAUCCCCCCCGUCCAGUGCCCCCCUCCUCCUCCCCCUCCCUCUCUCGCUCCUCCUGUCAAUCACAGCCGCCUUUGAACUGGAUUCCUUCCAGUCCUAACUUCCACUGACUCGAUCCGUGCGAGCUCCGCGCUGUCCGGGCUCCGUGCACCUCGCUGCGGGCUCGGGGGGCGCCCCGUCGGUUUUUGGGGGUCGCUGUGGACUCUGGCGCACGGGCUGCGCCUCUUCUCCGUCUUUGGCCAUUCUUUAUUGGAGGAGAGGAGGGGGCCCAGGACUCCCCCGCCCCCAGCCCCACAAAGACAGGGACCCGGCAGCACCCCGGGGCCCCCCUCCCUCACCCCUCCCUCCGCUGCGCCGAGCAGGGGAAGCGCCAGAAAGUUUUUCGGGGGGCGCAGAGUCUCCCCGCAGCCGCGGCUUCUCCGUCCUCGCUGCACACGGAGCGGUAAUCAUGCCGCAGCUGAACGGCGGAGGAGGCGACGAUCUGGGGGCCAACGACGAGAUGAUCGCCUUCAAAGACGAAGGGGAGCAGGAGGAGAAGAUCUCCGACAACUCGUCGGCCGAAAGAGAUCUGGCCGAUGUCAAAUCGUCGCUCGUCAACGAGACCGAGACCCAUCAGAACAGCUCGUCCGACUCCGAGGCGGAGCGGCGGCCUGCAGCCAGACCGGAGAGCUUCCGGGACAAGAGUCGGGACAGCCUGGAGGAAGCUGGGAAAAGACAGGACGGGGGUGGAGGAGGCCUGUUCAAGAGCCCGGCGUACCCCGGGUACCCCUUCAUCAUGAUCCCGGACCUGGGCAGCCCUUACUUGCCUAACGGCUCCCUGUCCCCCACCGCCCGCACGUGCUUGAAUGUACCUGUAGACCUGCAUCUAGCUUCUUGUUGCAGCCCUUUGAUGCAGUAUUUGCAGAUGAAAUGGCCGCUGUUGGACGUUCAGAGUCGACAGGCAAUGAAGGACGCCAGGUCUCCGUCUCCAGGUCACAUCUCUAAUAAAGUGCCAGUAGUACAACACCCUCAUCAUGUCCACCCCCUCACACCGCUUAUCACUUACAGUAACGAGCACUUUACACCUGGGAACCCCCCUCCACACUUACAGGCCGAUGUGGACCCCAAAACAGGAAUCCCGCGGCCGCCUCACCCUCCAGACAUAUCGCCCUAUUAUCCACUAUCGCCGGGCGCCGUAGGACAGAUCCCCCAUCCGCUAGGAUGGUUAGUACCACAGCAAGGUCAGCCGGUAUACCCAAUCACAACCGGGGGCUUCCGACAUCCCUACCCCACAGCUCUUACCGUCAAUGCUUCCAUGUCAAGCUUUCUCUCCUCCAGAUUCCCCCCACACAUGGUACCGCCACAUCACAGUUUACAUGCAACUGGAAUCCCUCAUCCCGCCAUAGUGAACCCAUCCGUCAAGCAGGAAUCUUCGCAGAGUGACGUGGGAUCCAUGCACAGCUCAAAACAUCAGGAUUCCAAAAAAGAAGAAGAAAAGAAGAAACCUCAUAUAAAAAAGCCUCUUAACGCAUUUAUGUUGUAUAUGAAAGAAAUGCGAGCAAAAGUGGUCGCAGAAUGCACGUUAAAAGAGAGCGCCGCCAUCAACCAGAUCCUCGGCCGGAGGUGGCAUGCGUUAUCAAGAGAGGAGCAAGCGAAAUACUACGAGCUGGCACGGAAGGAACGGCAGCUGCACAUGCAGCUUUACCCCGGUUGGUCAGCAAGGGAUAACUAUGUAGGUUCCUAUGGGAAGAAAAAGAAGAGGAAAAGAGACAAGCAGCCAGGAGAGAGUAACGAACACAACGAAUGUUACCUAAACCCUUGCCUUUCACUUCCUCCGAUUACAGACCUCAGCGCCCCUAAGAAAUGCCGAGCGCGCUUUGGCCUUGAUCAGCAGAAUAACUGGUGCGGUCCUUGCAGGAGAAAAAAAAAGUGCAUUCGCUACAUACAAGGUGAAGGCAGCUGCGUCAGCCCGCCCUCUUCAGACGGAAGCUUACUAGACUCUCCUCCUUCUUCUCCCAACAUGCUAGACACCCCUCCAAGAGACUCCACACCACAAACUGAACAAACACAACCUCUAUCUCUAUCGUUGAAGCCUGACCCUCUGGCCCGGCUGUGCAUGCCACAGUCACCUCUGACGGAAAGUCCGGCACGAAAGUCCAGCAACCGGCCCGCUACCAUUUGUCAGAAUGGAACAGAUCACAGUCACCAACCCAGUCCAUUACAGUCUUCAGCUCCUUACUCCUUGUCACUAACACAGCCGUCAACCUCCUUCCCUCCUUCUCAUCGGUCCUUGGCUGGAACUCAACUUCAGCCCCUUUCACUUGUCACCAAGUCACUAGAGUAGUUGCUCCAAACACUGACGCUCAUCCUUUUCAGUUUUUUUUUCUUUUUGAUUUUUAUUUUUUUCUAAUAUUUUUGAUUUUUUUUUAUUAUUUGUGCCAAGCGGCUACUUUAGUAGAAUGUUUUAUGAAGUUCAUUGGUCAAUAUUUGACCUGUCUUUUUAUCUCCGCCUUUCCGAUUCGACUGAGCAGAGAUCUUCUACGAGCCUCAAGGUCCUGCCGAAAUUUGUAUCAUCAACGUUAAAUAGAAGAGAAGCAAAAGCAAAAAAGUCUUUUUAGCAUCGGAAGAAGGGGGAAAUUAUAUAAAUAUAUAUAUAUAAAUAUAUGAAAAUAAAAAAAUGCAUAACUGUCGUAGUUCUGAUAGGUUCAUUUGAAAAAGACUGAUUUAAACAAGAAAAUAGAAAAAAAAGCAAUUUUGAAGCAGCCCUCGCGGAAGGAGUUGGUUCUUGAUUAUUUGUAUUAAAUACGAGCUUGCGAACCAAUCAUUUUACAUCCAGUUUUUACCCUACAGGGCACCAUGAAUGCAGCGCCCUUAUGUGAAUCAACUUUUAUUGUGAUGUUAUGUUGUUAAUUGUUGAAAUUGUACAGAAACACAAAAAAGAUGAACAAAUGUGUUAAUAUGCCUUGUUCCAUGGUGGUGGUUGCUUUCUCUUUUUGUUUUUUACAUUUUUUUAUUUAUUUUUUAUUUUAUUUUAUUUUUUCCCGGGGCGGGAGGGGAAAGGGAUGCUAUUUCGAAAUUUUGGGUGGGUGCGUUAACUAUUUCAGAGCCAUUGGACCAGUAAGUAGUAUUUAUUGCCUAGGAAUUGCUUGUGUCCUCUCUGUUGUAUCUUUUUCCAAAAAAAGUGUCUGUCCUCCCCAUGCAUUGUAUAAAGUUUUCUUUUCUUUGUGUAAGCAUCUUAUAUAUAAAUAUAUAUCAUUUGUACAAGGUUUUUAACUUUAUAUAUAAAUUUAUAUUUUUUGUUUUGUUUUGUUUUUUUGCUGUUUGACACUCAGUUGCCACCAAAUGGACAAUGUAGCUGCAUUUAAAGGAUCAAUAUUGUACAAAAAUAAAACAAAAAAGACACAAUUGCUCUAAAAAGCCAUUUAAAAGAAGACUUGAAAUUAACAAGGGACAGAAACCCUUUUUUCGCUGUUGCCAUAACGGCGUCUUGUAAAUUUACUUUAAGGAACAGGAGACCAGCCUGCGCCGAUAGGACUGUAGACUGUGGAGAAAUCGAUGUGCCAAAAUUCCCGGUGAAUAAUCCCCUUCCUCGUUUUUGAUGCUGUAUUUUUGUUACUCAUGUUCUGAUGUGAUGUUACAUAGGUAGCUUUGUAUGUAGUUUCUGUCAUCUUUAACAGGUAUAUUUGGUAGGAGGGUGACUGGGCAGCAUUGAAAAAUAAUGAGGUACAAAAAAAAAAAAGUUCACAAAUUACCCCCAUGGGCCAAAAUCCUGUAUAUUAGAUUACUUAUUAAAAAUAAAAAAGUCUGCCAAUUUUUUGCUUGCUUGCCACGUAUAGAAAUGUAGCAGGCGAAUAAAAGGAGAGUAAAAAAAAACUAACGGGCAUGUUGAUGUUGAAAAAAAAAUGUGAAAAAAAGCGAAAAAGAAAAUGAAAAUUUUUUUUGGAACAAAACUGAGAAACUCUUCAUCCGUUCAUCGAGUGCCAUUGUAUUUGACAUGACGCAAUCGUAGAUCUGUCUCUGGUUUCCUCUGGUUUAUUCUGAUGCUAAUUAAAUAACUAUAACAUUUUUUGUGAAUACUUUGAAUGUUUCCUUACGGCUGUGAUGUUACCGUUCAGUUCGAUGCUCUUAUUCCGAUUUAAUUUCAAAAUGGUAUUUAAAAACCAUGCAAAAAAAAAAAAAAUUUUUGUAAUGAAUACAUGUUCAUGCUGUACAGUAUCUGUAGCAUGCAGUUCUGGAUUAAUAAAAGCAACUUAGUAUGUG